UCGAUGAGACCACUACUCGACUUGAUGAAUUACACCCAACGGAACAACAAAAUAAUGAAGCUGCUAACCUUUGGUCCGGUUUUGUUGAAGGUUCCGAUUGUCCUAUAUCAAAUGAAGAAAAUGGUUUGCUUGAUUUAGAUCGCAGUUUUGAUUCUGAUAUUCCAAUAGUGGAGGUUGAGUUCAUACCUCUUCAGCCUAAUCCCUUGCCAAUUGAUAAUGAAGCACCACAAGUUGAGGAUAUUCCUACAAGUCAAGACGAAGAUUCUUCAAGCGAAUCAUAA